UUUUAAAGGCUAGGCUGAACAAAAUGUCACCGUUUAUCUCAUAUCAGCCAAAGCAAAACAGCUUAUAUCUUUCCUCGACGACUCAGUGUCGCCUCGUAAAGAUUUCUCCGUGUCGGCCAAAAUCGAGCCAGCGAUCUGGGACUCUGCCGACUUUCUCACCGGGUACUACAGGAAAAACCUACGUGCGUGAGGUAGAGGAUCGGUGUAAAUCAUUCUGUCAAUCGACCCUCGACCCGACAAAGAAUGUUCUAGAGGAAUAUCCCGGCAUUGCCGGGACUCCAUGUCUCCUCUGCGAGUGUUCUUGACCAUAAACAGGCACACAAGUCCUCUCGAAAGCAACGACCCAUCUUCCGAAAGAUAGCUUACGCCGACGAUGAAGGAGCAGACAGAAUGAACUGCAGUAGACGACAGAUGCUGAUCAGGAUCACAGGGAGGCGGCCAACUGGGAGCUCAAGUCAUUCUGCCCUCUUGACCCCUUCUCUUUUUUCGGCGGUUCCUUUUCCCGUCGCCCCCACGGGCAUGAUUUCUGCGUUAGGCCAUGCUAGCCUGUUCUCGCGUGUAUCGGCAACGCAGGCGACGCCCCUCCUCUCUCUGGAGUUCCCGCGGGCGAGUUGCACAGCUUGCACGGGCUCCUUGAACGACAGUAGACCUGUUCGAGGAGAAGAUUCCGGUUUUCAUGGAAACUCCUGGACACUUUCGUCUUCCGUGCAGGUGUCCACAAGCCCUUCAACCAUUCAGAAACAAAGCUUAUCUGCGCGUUCACAUCAGCAGUUUAUCAGAACAGCCUGCCAUGGCAGGCGCCGUGGCAUUGCCUCCGUCGUUGAAGAUGUGGCUGAGUCCUCCAGAGGCGCCACAGAAAGUUGUGAACCAAUAGAGGCCACCAUUCCGUCUGCGUCGUUAUCUGCGUCGUUGGACGGUACGGCAGAGAACACUGGAGACACCUUGGACCUGUCCUCGGAGCAAACCGAUGCUGGUGAGAACGAAGUGAUUCAUACGGAAGAGGGUCGGAGAAAGCAGACACGGCCACGGAUAGAAGGAGACAGAGGCUGGUGGUACGGGGCUAUGCAACAGGCCUUUCAGCGUGAAAUACGGGAGUGGUUCGUCCAAAAAAAGCAAGGCACCCUCUUCCACAUUUGGCGUGCCCCCGGGGUAGUCUUCUCUUCCACCAAAUUGGUCAAAUCUGGCUUCACACCGCCUCCUCUGCCACAGUGGUACUUCCCCGUCUCGGUUGGCGAGCAACAGGUGAAGUGUCCUCCAGCUCUUCAGUCGCUUUUUCGUCUCAACCGCAACCAGAAAGCAGGCGAAGGGCCUCAAGCUCCAGGUGCCGCAAGAGCAGAUCCCGAUGAACAACGUGGGAGCGAUAGAAUUGAAAAGAGCUUCCCGGUCUGCAGUCUUUUCUUUUUAUCCUCUAGCAAAUCCUCUGCAGGAUUCCUCAUGCAACAGGUUGUCCUUCACCCGGAGACACUCUACGUAGCUGUCACACCGGAUUACGAUUCUCUCUUUACGCUUCUCCGACUUGCUACCAGGGCUUUCUGCAUGGAUCCUUGUAGCUUUCAGCCUUUCCCGAAUCUUCGUGUGCUUUGCACUCAUCCUCUUCACGCCCCCUCAUUCUUCCCCGACAAUCUUGUCAACGAAGUGCACAUUCAUUUGAGCGAACUUCCCAGGGCUGUUGAGUCUCGUUCUACGUCAAGAUGCCCUCUCCUCGCUUCGACUUUUCUCCCCCAGUUAUACCCUCGAUUGCAAGCUGGCGCAAACAUCUUCAUCGGCCUGGAAAUGUCCCACGCAAGUCCUGGAUUUUCAUCUAGGGAUCGCGAGAUGAGUUCAUGUUCUUGCACUCACCGGUCCACUGAAUUUGAAAACAAACUCGAGGUGUCUCGUUCAAGACGACUGGGCGAGACCUGUGAAUCCGCGAAGACGGCCGGGGAUUCUGCGGUACGAGGUGGUCAGAAGAGACCCCAAACAAGACAUGUAGACUUUGUCUUUCCACACCCUCUAGGCGCAAAAGAUGGCGAAACACCUUCAUCCAGAGACUGUUUACCUCUGUGGGAUCCAGACGCACACUUGCUUCAUCUGCUUCGCGCUACCGGCUGCGUAAGUGGUCUGGAAGCGGCACGAGGGACUCUUUCGGGCUCAUUAAGAGUGUCAGAAGACGCGUGUUUAUACCGGACUGGUCACAACGGCGCAGGGAGGGCAGCGUCUGAUUCUAGAAAAAGCCAAACGGAAACAGGAAGUGGCGGUGCAUAUCAAAGAAAAAGAAAAGAGUUUCUUUUUAGUAUGGUGGAGUGUGACAGGUCCGGAGACAUCGAAGAAGAACGCUUCAAGAUGACGCCGAGUUUAACCGGAUCUGGGAGGUUUUCCUCUUGUCACAAUCCGGAGUAUCAUUUAGGCGACUUCAGCGACCGAAAAAAAGCGGAGGAGAAAGAGAGUCCCAUUGUGAGUACAAGCGUGCAUGAUGCUUGGAGUAGUGGCGGCUCCAGUGAAGUCCCGUCAGUGUCAGAGGAACACUCGCUGCUGAACCAGGAGAGGAAGACACCGGACGAAGUCUCCAAGGACGAAUCCGCUAUGCUAUUCGCGCAGAGCCGGCCAGGUAGACUGUUAAGUUUGAGUAUUCCCACCGAUCGGUCGAGGAACCAGCUGCAAGCCCAGGCUUUUGAGGCUGCCAAAGAUCAGAUUCUGCCAGCAAUAGAGAGCGAUGGAUGGCUCGGCAAAGGUCCUUUUGUCCCGACUUGGUGGAGCCGGCUUUUACCGGUUAGUCAGAUUGAACCAAGAGGAACGGCUAAAACGCGAAAUACACGCUCGGAUGACCUUCGUCCUGACGCUGCGUGUCACGGUAGCGGAAAACCCAAAUCCGACACCGAGAGAGGCAUGCGCCGUUUGAGACUGGCAAGUGGCGGACUUAUCAUUAUCCGAGAAGGACUGGGUGACGACAAGACAAUACGAAUACGAUCAAGACAGCAGCUCAUUUCCCAUACUGACCGGAAGGCUUUAUUGCACCAGUCCGGUAUGGAGGGUCAAGCCAAGCUGUUGGAUGAUACACGCCAUAUUUCCAGAAACGGCUGCUGGAGCACAAACAAAACGACAUCAGGCGUAUCCGUGCAGUAUGUCAAACUCAGAAAGCUUGCUCCGAGUCUCCCGAAUUUUCGUUUCCUUGAGCACUGUCUAUGACAUUUCUUGUCUAACAGAGUGGUUUUUGUUUAGGACCGCUGUCUGGAGACUGGCAUGCCCAGUAACCAGUUGAGCAGAGCGUGUCGAUCGGAGAGCAGAGGCAGCGUUAUGAUGCUGUUCAGUGCAGGUGCAUUCUAGACUGCGCGAUAUAAACGGUUGGCAGCUCAUACAAUGACUGUGGAGCAACACGCAAUGCGGGGCCUGCAGAAGAGUAGGGAUUUAACCUUGAGCUGACCUGACUCUGUCGAGUUCUUGAUUUCAGG